AUGCCUUCGAUUCCCCCUCCCGUCGCCUUCCACGUCUGCCACAAUCGCUUCCCCCCCGUCACACUCGCUUCCCCACCCGUCACCUUCACUUCCCCUCCCAUUGCCUUUCACACUCUCCUGCUCACUCUCCUGCUCACUCUCUUCCCCGCUGCUCACUCGCUUCCCCCCUCCUCAAUCUAUUUCCCCCUGCUCACUCUCUUCCCCCCUGCUCACUCGCUUCCCCCCUCCUCAAUCUCUUUCCCCCUGCUCACUCUCUUCCCCCCUGCUCACUCGCUUCCCCCCUCCUCAUUCUCUUUCCCUCUGCUCACUCCCCUUGUUCUAACCCCACUUUCCCCAUUUCUCACCCAUUUUCCCCCUUCACGCUCUCCUACCCCCUCUGCUCGCCCCUGUUUUCCCUACUCACUCCUAUACUCACUCUCUCCCCCCCUGCUCACUCUCUUCCCCCCCUGCUCACUCUCUUUCCCCUUGCUCACUCUCUUUCCCCCUUCACGCUCUCUUUCCCUCCCUUCCGCCUGUUUCCCCCCUUCGUCACGCGCUCGUCCCCUCGCAAUCCCUGUCUCUCUCUCCCCCCGUCGCCCUCCCUUCCACUCCUCGUUGCCCUCGCCAUCCCUCCCUUCUCCCUUCCCAUCUCGCACACUUGUCACGCCCCCUUUCCAACCCGCACAUACACCCUUCCCUUCUUCCCUGUUUCCAUGUAUCCCCUGCGCUGCUUCCCCCCAUCCUCCAACUUGCUCCCCCCAUCCCCUUCCCUGCUUCCCCUCGUCCCCUCCCUUGCCUCUGCCCAUCCCCUUCCCUGCUUCCCCCCAACCCCUUCCCUGCUCCCCCCCAUCCCCUUCCCUGCUUUCCCCCUUCCCCUUCCCUGCUUCCCCCCGUCCCCUUCCCUCCUUCCCUCGUCCCCCUCCCAGCAUCCCCCCAUCCGCUUCCCUGCUCCCCCCCAUCCCCUUCCCUGCUCCCCCCCAUCCCCUUCCAUGCUUCCCCCCAUCUCCUUCCCUGCUUCCCCCUAUCGCCUUCCCUGCUCACCCUUUCUCCCUCUGUUUCUCCCUUGCUCCCUCCCCUUCUUCUCUGCUCACUCUCUUCCCCCUUGCUCAUUCUUUUUACUUCUGCUCACUCUGUUCCCCCUUGCUUCCUCUCUUCCCCUCUGUUCAAUCUGUCCCCCGCUGCUUCUUCUCUUCCCCUCUGCUCAUUCCGUUUACUGUCUUUCCCCCUUCACUCACCCCCAUACCCCCCAAUGCAGUUACAGGUGCCCAGCACCAGAUGUGGCUUUACGGCCUGUUGGCAGAGGGAAUGAUGGGAUCGGGAAAGGAGGGACGGGGAAACGAGGAAAAGGGGAUGAGAAGUAGGAUGGCAUGGCGGAAUGGGGUGGGGCAGAAAGGGGUGGGGCGGAAUGGGGUGGGGCAGAAAGGGGUGGGGUGGAAUGGAGUGGGGCAGAAAGGGGUGGGGCGGAAUGGGAUGGGGCGGAAUGGGGUGAGGCGGAUUGGGGAGAUGAGGGAUGGGGAGAUGAGGGAUGAGGAGAUGAGGGAUGGGGAGGUGUGUGAUGGGGAGGAGAGGGCUAGGGAGGAGAGGGCUGGGGAGGAGAGGGAUGGGGAGGUGAGGGAUGAGGAGAUGAGGGAUGGGGAGAUGAGGGAUGGGGAGAUGAGGAAUGGGGAGAUGAGGGAAGGGGAGAUGAGGAAUGGGGAGAUGAGGGAAGGGGAAAUGAACGUGUAUGCGACGGAAGGGUGCUGCUGA